GCGCAGGAGCAGAGGCGCCUCCCACCCUCCGUGCGAAGCAGCCGUUCGAGUAGAGACGCACACAGCGGAGUUCGGUCCAUUUCUGCUCGCUGCUAGCUAACCCCGCAGCAAGGCCACUGCGGGAAGAUGGCGACGGAAAAACAGAAACACGAAGGAAGAGUUAAAAUUGGACAUUACAUUCUCGGAGACACACUCGGAGUGGGGACGUUUGGAAAGGUUAAAGUGGGCCAACAUGAGCUGACCAAGCACCAAGUGGCCGUGAAGAUCUUGAACAGGCAGAAGAUCCGCAGUUUGGACGUGGUGGGAAAGAUUCGCAGGGAGAUCCAGAACCUCAAGCUUUUCAGGCAUCCUCACAUAAUUAAACUGUAUCAGGUUAUUAGCACCCCUACAGAUAUCUUCAUGGUGAUGGAGUAUGUCUCAGGAGGCGAGCUGUUCGACUACAUCUGCAAAAAUGGAAAGUUGGAUGAAAAGGAGAGUCGUCGGCUGUUCCAGCAGAUUAUUUCAGCAGUAGACUACUGCCACAGACACAUGGUGGUGCACCGAGACCUCAAGCCUGAAAAUGUGCUGCUUGAUGCACACAUGAAUGCCAAGAUUGCAGACUUUGGAUUAUCAAACAUGAUGUCAGAUGGAGAGUUCCUGCGAACAAGCUGUGGUUCUCCAAACUAUGCUGCUCCUGAGGUCAUCUCAGGAAGGUUAUAUGCUGGUCCAGAGGUAGAUAUCUGGAGCAGUGGGGUCAUUCUCUAUGCCUUGUUGUGUGGGACGCUUCCCUUUGAUGACGACCACGUGCCAACGCUCUUUAAGAAGAUCUGCGACGGGAUCUUUUUCACCCCGCAGUAUCUGGACCCUUCAGUAAUAAGUCUCCUUAAACACAUGCUGCAGGUGGACCCCAUGAAAAGAGCCACCAUCAAAGAGAUCCGAGAGGAUGAGUGGUUCAAACAGGGCCUACCAAAGUACUUGUUCCCUGAGGACCCCUCGUACAGCAACAACAUGAUUGAUGAUGAGGCUCUAAAGGAGGUAUGUGAGAAGUUUGAGUGCACAGAGGAGGAGGUCCUGUCCUGCAUAUAUAGUCGCAACCAUCAGGAUCCAUUGGCUGUCGCCUACCAUCUCAUCAUUGACAAUCGUCGCAUCAUGAGUGAAGCCAAGGAUUUCUACCUGGCGUCUAGCCCUCCUGACUCUUUUCUAGAUGACCAGCACCUGACCUCGUCUGGUGCAGCUAUGGCCGGCAUUAUCAAGCCCCACCCUGAGCGUGUACCCUUCCUCUUGGCGGAGACUCCUCCCAGGCCGCGCCACACAUUGGACGAAUUGAACCCCCAGAGGUCCAAGCACCAGGGUGUUAGAAGGGCCAAGUGGCACCUGGGUAUCCGCAGUCAGAGUAGACCCAAUGAUAUCAUGUCAGAAGUGUGCCGUGCCAUGAAACAGCUGGAUUAUGAAUGGAAGGUUGUGAAUCCUUAUUAUCUACGUGUGAAAAGGAAGAAUCCGAUUACUGGGAUGCAAACCAAGAUGAGCCUUCAACUCUACCAGGUGGACAGUAGAACCUACCUCCUCGACUUCCGUAGCAUAGACGAUGAUAUGUUGGAGACAAAAUCUGGAACUGCUACCCCUCUCCGUUCUGGGUCUGUGGGCAACUACCGCACCACUAUUAAGAACGAUGCAGACGGAGCAGAUGCUCCAGCUAUGUCUAGCACUGUGCCCCUCACCAAGGCUGCAGAAGGCUCCUUAGCUUCAUCGUUGACCUCAUCCAUCGACUCAACAGGGGGGGACACCCUAACCGUCCCUCGACCAGGAAGCCACACCAUCGAGUUCUUUGAGAUGUGCGCAAAUCUUAUUAAACUACUUGCACGAUAGCUUGCAAAACAAUCGCUAGCCUUUUUUCCUCUCCGAGUGUCUUUAUAGCAAUAAGCAUGCAACCGAUUCAUGGCUCUAUUCAUCCCGGCUGAGGAUGAAGUGAUUGUUCCAUGGCACUGAUGCAGGUUAGUGUUCCCUAAGCGGAAGGGAUGUAUACUAAGCUGGCAGGAAAUGUAAUGGUUUACUUGGAAAGAUGAAAGACGGGCUACUUAAUAGCUAAGACAGAACAACAUUUAGGAGGGGGUUUUACAAUUUCCUGAUCAAUUAAAUAGCAAGUGUCCACAUCCCAACAAUACAUAUAUACGCAAGUGAUUACACUGAAUUUUCUGUACUGUAGCUGGUGAGCACUGCUUUCCAGUACAGAGAACAAGAUCAAGUCUUUGCCUGCAGAGAAGGAAGCCACAUGUUGAGGGUUGGGUGUUUGGGUGGUAGUCCUAUAGGAUGCAGGAAGCACUUUUGCACAAGUUUGUUUUAUUUCCUGCUGCUCUUGUUUUUCUCUCAGUGGAGAUCAGAGAGGUGGUGCGCUGGCUAUAACAAGGGUUGUCAUGCCCAUCACAUUUAUUAGACUUUCAAGAAGUGCAAUGGCCCCUGUAUUUCUGUCUUGUGUCAGGGACAAAAGAAUGCUUCAUCAGAUUUAUGUUUGGUUUUCGUUUUUGUGAAUCGGAGUUGUCAGAGACUAAAUUGUCAUGGUUUUGUCCUUGUAAAAAAAAAAAAAAAAAAGGUUGAAUUUGUCUGUCCCCUUUCUUUUUUUUUUUUUUUUUUUUUUUUAAAUAUAAAGACAUGAAUAUAUUUAUCAGUGGAGUGUUGCUUCUAUUGGAAAUGGAAUUGUUUUUUUUUUCUUUCUUUAUUGCAUCAAGAUCUAUUGCUGGAUGGUAUAUAUUUUCCUUUUUUACUGUUUACUGUUUUUUUUUUUUUUUUUUUUUUUAAAUCAAUAUCACAACUUUGUUUCCUUCAAUCACAAUUAUUCUGAUACUUGAUUGUCUUUCCAGAUAAAUAUAGCCUGCUUUUACCAUUUAAGAGGUAUUUUGCCAUGACAGUCAAAAUAUAGAAAUAUAUCAUUUUCAGUGUCUCAUAUUAAAAUGACAAGUUGAUUUAGACUUUUUAUUUUUAUUUUAUUUUUUUAGAUUAAUGAUUAGGAUUUGAGUAUGAUUACCGAGUGAAAUGCCUUUUGUCUACAUGCAAUUUGUAAAUGCCAAUCCAUCACAAGUGUAUAGGCCUCAGGGCUCAAUUUGAAAAUGAGUAGUAGCAAUUACAUGCAGUGCAUGGACAAUGUGUCUUGGCAGGUGAAUACAUCCAGAAUAUUUUCAUUGUUGGAUUUGUUUUGUUUGUAUUGCCCACACAUUCCCUUGAAGGUUAACCUUGGAAAAAAAAAAAAGGUUUACAUAUGUUUAAACCUGAAACAAACUUGUGAGCUUGGAAUUGUGAAGUCCUGCUGGAUAGCUCACAAUUCUCAUGUAAGAAAAAAACAUCACACAAGCAUUAAGAUGAUAAUUGUGUGGGUGAUUUAUAUUUCAUAAAAAACAAGAUUAGUCUCCCUCAAUUUCUUGUCCAGUCUUCAAGUUUUAAGCGGUAUCUGUUGUUUGGCUGCCUUAUCAUCUGUAAUGUUAAUCGGUUUUUAUGUCAUUCAAGUUGGAAACUACUGCUGGUCAGAAUUAUUGGCACCUUUUGCAAUUUUAAGGUUUGAAGUCCACUAAUUAUGUUGUUAAUUCACAAUAAAAAUAAUAAAAUAAACACAUGAUAGUUGUUGCCAAACUAUUAUAGCCCUCAGUAACUGCUACCACCUUUUAAUUAUGGCAAUAGAAAAAAAAACAAAGCAAACUUGAACUGUAAACUAGUUUAUCAUUUCAUCAUAUUCAUUUUGUCUUAAGUCAAAUAAACCAGGUUUUAAAGAACUUUGCCUAUCUCGUUAGGAGAUCAACAAAAAUUGCCAAGAGUGACAAUAAUUGUGAUCAUGUUUCUCUUGCUGUCCUACGGGGCAGGUUUGGACUGAAAUAUUUAGUUGAUAUUUGACCUUUUAUGUCUCAGUUUUAAACUAGAGUUUAUGGAACAUUUGUGAUCAUAGUAAAGAAACACACUAUGGUCUUUGGAACUUAUUGUAUAGGGCAGUUGCAAAUUUUGAUUACAGAACUUACUCGGUUUUGUAGGAAAGAUGAAUGUGUGAAACCGUGACCUUUUUUUUGACAGUUAAUGGAGUAGUGUCCUAGUGGACUGUUGGCAGAUUCAUUCUGUCAGACUGCUUCAAAAAAUAUUGUUCUAUUUUUUGUUGGUGUGUAAAGGGACCCUACCAGAUUCACCAGUGUAAAUCUAAAUGGAAAGUGUUAAAAUCAUUUGUAUACACACCUGCCUAAUAAACUGCUUAAUUGCACACAA